AUGGAACUGGUAUUGAUUAUUGAAAUUUGCUCAAAAUUAGAUCUCUAUCUCGAAUUCUCUGUUGAAAAUUUUCUUAGAUUAUUUUAAAAGCCUUUUUUUCCUUCUUCAUCUGAUAAAAACAUAAUUUAUAGUUUUUGUUUGAAUCUUAUUAUUAAUAUGUUUAACUUAUUUGAUCAAUUAUUCUAAAUUGAGACUUUUCGUAAGCAGCAUUUCCUACUUAACUUUAGCUUACAUAGAAUGCUUUAUUUUACAUGUAGGGCAAAUAAUUACAGGAAGUUGAAUUAUUAUUCAGCAAAAUUUAUACUUGAGAAAGCUUCUCUAAAACAUAUGAAGGCUUUGAGUCAUAAAAUCAUUUGCAAUCAUAAUUUGGGCAGUAUUAAAAGAAGGAUAUUAACUUUGACUUGUCAUAACAAAUUUUUUCAAAUUACUUCUUUUUGUUUAUAAAAUUUCCCUUCUAUGAGCUUCCAUCGUAAAGAAAUUUCAGAUAGAAAAUUUAAAUUUGCUAUUUGCAAAAUUUAGGCAAAAACUUAUUCUAAAAGAAUGGUCUUAACAUUCUUCAUAAUUUACUACAUUCCCAAAAAAAUAGCAUCAUAAGUAUUGUUUGCAUUAUCAUAAUAUUUACUCUCAAAUCUGACUUUGUUGAAAAUAUUUAUGCAUAAAUUGAUUCAAUGUUAUUUCAUUUUUCAAUUGAAAAUGCUUAAUUAACUAUAAAAGGAAGAGGUACUUUAUAUUCACAAAUAGUAAAGAAAUAGUAAUUAAAAUAACUAAAUUUUGGUUAGAGAAUUUCAUGAGAAAAUCUUUUGA